GGUUUUUUUUUAUUUUUUAUUUUUUGUUUUGGAUUUCCAGCAUCCGCAGUUUUUUGUUUUUAUAUUUUUAACCCCGCCUCUUGCCUUAUUGUGACUGACGCUCGCUAUAAAUAAACCAAGUGCCCAGGCCAGGUUCCCAGUGGACGAUCCCUGCUUUCUCUCGGAAUGGCUGUCCUUUUCCCAGAGAAUCUGGGGGUGAUCCGGGGCGCCCUGUCCGACCAGACCUGGAUCCUUCUCCUCACUUUCCUGUUCCUGCUGGGUUGGUACAGUGUUUUACCUUACGGGUUGUUUAAACGUCUAGGAAUUCCAGGCCCAAGGCCACUGCCAUUCAUUGGAACAUUUCAUCAUUACAGAAAGGGUAUGUUUGGGUUCGAUACAGAAUGCUACCAGAAGUAUGGAAAGAUGUGGGGCACUUAUGAUGGGCGUCAGCCCGUUCUCUCCCUCAUGGAUCCUGACCUGAUUAAAGUCAUCUUCAUAAAAGAGUUUUACACUUUGUUCACCAACAGGCGGAAAUUUAUUCUGAGUGGGCCACUGGCUGAAUCCAUCUUGGUGGCUGAAGAUGACCAGUGGAAGAGAAUCAGAAGUGUGCUUUCGCCAGCCUUCACCAGUGGAAGACUGAAAGAGAUGUGUCCAAUUAUCAAGCACUACACAGAAAAUCUUCUGAAAAUUGCAGAAAAGAAAGCAAAGCUGAAUGAAUCUGCCGACAUAAAGGAUAUCUUUGGAGCGUACAGCUUGGAUGUGGUCACCAGCACUGCAUUCAGUGUGGACGUCGACUCCAUCAACAACCCCAAUGACCUGUUUAUCAGCAACAUCAAAAAACUAAUAGAAUUCAACUUCUUCAACCCUAUAUUUAUCUUGGCCUUGAUUUUUCCUGUCCUUCUUCCAAUACUGGAUAAACUUGGUUUCAGCUUCUUCCCUAGAGAUGUGAAUGAAUUUUUCAUGAACACUUUGGCGAGUUUGAAGGCAAAGAGACAAAAAGGAGUGCACGCUGUUCAGGUGGAUUUUCUGCAGCUGAUGGUUGAUUCUCAAAUAACCAAUACCAACUCCCAGAAGCAGAAUGAUGUCAGCAAGUCGACAGACAAAGCUCUGACUGACACGGAGAUUCUGGGGCAGGCCAUGAUCUUUAUCCUUGUUGGGUAUGAGACCACCAGCAAUACAUUGUCAUACGUUGCACACAAUCUGGCGGUGCACCCAGACGUACAGAAGAAGCUGCAGCAGGAAAUAGAUGAGGCUUUUCCAAACAAAGCUCCUCCCACAUAUGAUGGGGUAAUGCAGAUGGAGUAUAUGGAAAUGGUGAUAUCUGAAACCCUGCGACUGUUCCCUGCUGCACCCCGUAUUGAAAGAGUGUGCAAGAAAGAUGUCCAGCUCAAUGGGGUAACUAUUCCGAAGGGUACUGUAGUCAUAGUUCCUGUCUACGUCCUGCACCAUGAUCCAGCAUACUGGCCAGAGCCUAAGGAGUUCAGACCUGAACGGUUCAGUAAGGAGAAUAGGGAGUUUCGGGAUGCAAAUAUCUUUCUGCCAUUUGGCAUGGGCCCUCGGAACUGCAUCGGGAUGCGAUUUGCCCAACUUAUAAUGAAAAUGGCACUCGCUUCAUUCUUGCAGCACAUGACCUUUGUACCAUGCAAGGACACACAGAUUCCAUUAGAAAUGGUUAUGAAAGGACCCAUGCAUCCUAAAAAACCCGUAAUCUUGAAAUUUGUGCCACGAGUGAAUGCUGUUUCAAAGGAAUAAAGCACCUGGUCCACAUGAAACCGAGAGAGAGAGAGAGAGAGUGUGUGUCUGUUGGAUCAGUAGAAACUUUUAAAAAUUGUAAUUUUUUAACCUUGGAUUAGUAGAAACUUCUAAAAAUUCUAUGUUUUAACCUUGGAUAUUGUUAUCAGUCAUUUGUGAUUACAAAACUAUUUGACUGUUGAUAGACCGUCAUUCCAAUAUACUAAAUGUCUUCUAGAGAAAAUGUAUCUGUAAAGGAUUUCUUGAACUAAUUGCAUCUAUUUACAGAAUCUUCCGGUCAGCGUGCAGGGGAAGGCCCGACACACUGAUGUGUAAAAUGACACGCUGUGACAUUGGGCGUGCCCCACUCUCCCUCCUCCCUCCGCCCGCACAGGUAGCGCUGAGCCCUCCUGCGUAAAAUGCAGCCAAUCAUGGGUGGCGAUUGGCUCUGCGCCCGCCCCUGCCCACUACCCCCCCAGCUCACCCGCCAUAGGAAAGAUCCAGGCCUUAGUUAUUUUAAGCAGCUUUGCAUGAGUAACAAAAUUCAAAUAAAAUUAUUUUUUUCUUUGA